UUCAAACCCUUGUCAUGCUGCAUCCAUCUUCCUUCAACUUAGACCUUCUUGUUGUUGCUUCACGCGUCCUCAUCUGCUAAUUUCCAUUUCUUUCCAUUUCUGCCAUUAUAUUCUGCAUCACAGUCCCACUUGGCGCUACUAGCAUUGGCAACCUGUACCUCGGCAUCCGUUCUGCUUGCGCGUCAUCGUCAUCUGCAUCGUCAUCUGUUCUCAUUCCCUCACUUCGUAUUCCAUGUGUUGACCACCAACCAACAUCCACCUGUCGGUCGGCCAGCAUUGAUGGUCUGGAAUCAUUCUGGAUUUGUCCCAUCGUUGAGAUGCAGUACGUACGCAGCUUAGGGAGCGGAGUCUCCAAAACCUGGAACUCGAUCAAUCCCGCAACUCUGUCCGGUGCCAUUGAUGUGAUCGUGGUCGAGCAAGAAGAUGGAACUUUAGCUUGCUCCCCAUUCCAUGUCAGAUUUGGAAAGUUUUCAUUGCUGCGACCCUCCGAAAAGAAGGUCGAGUUCAAGGUCAAUGGCAACAAGCAACCCUAUGCCAUGAAACUUGGUGACGGUGGUGAAGCCUUUUUUGUCUUUGAGACUUCCAACGACAUCCCUGAGGCCCUGCAAACCUCCCCGCUUGUCUCCCCAGCCAGCAGCCCCCCUGUGGCUGCUUCCGACCGUCCACCUUCACCGGGCCUUCUCGAACCGUCGUAUCUCGAUAUCACCGAAGCUGAGAAAGUCGCCUCCGCCCCAGACUUGCUCUCGCCAAAUCGUUCAAUCCUAACAAUCCGCCGUGAAGGUACCAAUCUAAGUGACCAGGCCGUCUAUGGCGCCAUACCACCUUCGACAACAGAUCUUGCCCCGGAGUCUUUAACUGAGCCGUCCCUCACUCAUCCGCCGCUCGAUCGCUCUGCUUCGGAGGAAGUCCUUCCUGUGGCAGCGAGAGAGCAUCUCGAUCUAGUGAGCGGGGCUUUCCGCUAUAAUGGCAUGCUGGUCUCACCCCAGAAGAAUGCUGACGGUACUUAUACCGCCAGGUCCGGGUCAAGUCCCCCGGCCCUGCAGCCCAGAGAAGCAUACGAUCGAGCGGUAACCCUGUCAAAGAAGCUAUCUUCUUCCAAUAUCCGAUCCAAAGUCACCGAGUCUGGUGAUCUCAUGCUGGAUAUGACGGGUUAUAAGACAAGCGAGGAUGACGCCCUAAGAGCCGAGGCUGUCGCUCGCAAACUCCUAUCCGAGGAGCUAGAGGGCAACUACGACAUUGGUUCACUAAUUGGGACCGAUGAAAAGGGCAAUCUUUGGAUAUACAGCAGUGAAGAAGCCCGCGAGGCUGCGAGCCAGAAAGCCACCGGCCAGAGCCUCGACCCACCUGGUUCCAUGGUGACUAGUGAUACGGCCUCGGAUCCUGGGUACCAUAGCGACAGCGAUCGGAGCCCAUCUCCUGUCUUGACGGCGAAACCUCCGCCCCAUGCCCACCAGCGUGCCCAAUCCGAGGACAUUGAGCCACAACCACGUAGCUCGGGCGAUCUGAACCGCAAUUUCGCUAAAACCUUGCGUCUAACCAGUGACCAGUUGAAAGCGCUUGACCUAAAGCGAGGCGAGAACACAAUGUCAUUUACUGUCAACCGAGCCACCUGCACAGCGUACAUGUAUUACUGGAGCUCAGAUGUUCCCAUCGUCAUCUCUGACAUUGACGGCACCAUCACCAAAUCCGAUGCUCUUGGACACAUCUUGAACAUGGUGGGCAGAGAUUGGACCCAUGUUGGUGUUGCCAAGCUGUAUUCUGACAUUGUAGCCAAUGGGUUCAACAUCCUCUACCUAACCAGCCGCUCCGUCGGUCAAGCAGAUACUACCCGAGCAUAUUUGAAUGGCGUGGUCCAGGAUGGCUGGAAGUUGCCGCGCGGACCUGUAAUCAUGAGUCCAGAUCGCACGAUCGCCGCGCUGCGUCGAGAGAUUUAUCUCCGCAAGCCCGAGGUGUUCAAGAUGGCAUGCCUCCGCGACAUAUACAGCCUGUUUCCUGGAAAGUCGAGCCCUUUUUAUGCAGGCUUCGGAAAUCGACUCACCGAUGCCCUGAGCUAUCGCACUGUUCAAAUACCUUCGACACGCAUCUUCACCAUCAACACGAAUGCCGAAGUCUCCCUCGAUUUGUUGACCUUGAACAAGUAUCGGAGCAGCUACGUCACCAUGCGUGAAGUUGUGGACCAUUUCUUCCCACCAGUUUCCACUCUAGUUAGAGAAGGAGGGGAAAAGUAUACGGAUUUCACAUAUUGGCGCGAUGAUCCGGCAAACCUAGAAAACUUUGUCCCCACAGAUUCAGAAGAGGAGACAGACGAUGAGGAAGAGGAGGACGAAGAAGAAGCGGAAGUCGAGUCACUAAACGCGAUGGGCGACAGCUAUUUCUCCAGAGACAGCGUGGAUGAAUCCGCCCUAGGAGAGUCAAUUCGUGAAUCUAUCGAGGUUGACGAUCUUGCUGAGAACCUUGAGCAAUCAAAAUGGAACGAGCUAGGCGAAGAAAAGCCACUCGCAGAAGAGGACACCACGGAUGAUCAUCUGGCCCACAGCAGCAUUCGAACAAGGACCAAGUCCGAGUCACAAACACCUGUCCCCACUACUCGGACUUUGCACAGCCGCAGUGUUGGCUCCAAGCGAUAGGAUUCGCGGAGUGUCAUUAUGGGGCAACGCGGCAUGUAGGUGUAUCACCAUUUUCACUCAUUGUUCACUCAACCACAUCACGAACCUCAACUUCACUGCAUAGCUAGCCACUUGCAGACGACUUUGGACGAGAGCCUGAAGGGCAGGAGAAGCAUGACGGAUUUGAGGAACUGUAAAUUAGCAUUUUUGUGGAGUCCGGUGUGUACAUCAGUCGACCAACGGUGUUGCUUCAUGAAACUCGAAAAUCACCUUUUCUUUCCAAGGUUUUCUCUUGAUGAGGACUUUCAACAAGUGGAUCAUGUCCGUACUCAAACAAAUAGUACUAUCUUCCACAUCUUCA